AUGGCUAAUGGUGAUGUUGAUGCUCUUUUUGUAGAGAGACAAGCAGCUCGAGAGCGCGUCUUGGUGGAAAAGGGCAGAGAAGAGGUCAAGCUAUCAAGGGACAAGCUGAGAAAGAUGGGAGAAGCUGAAGGAAGCGAGUCAACAGUUGAUAGUCAAGUAGACAAAGACGUUGAAGACGAAGCGAGUGUGUGA